GGGAAGGGGCGUGGCUUCGGCCCUUUAUAUACCGCAGAGCUGCUGCUAGCCUGGUUACAGAAACAUGUUUACUGGAUACCCGCAAAGGAGAAUAAACUGCGGCUUAACUUUAGCGCUUAAAAGUGGCAACGUGACAGUCAAUUGACUGAAAAUGGGCGAAGACGCCCGAAUCUCACAACGAAGCUGGCAGCUAAAGUAGAGGUCUGACAGGUGGUCAGGAUGGGGGAGAGGGGACUCAACAGCCCCAUUGCUACGAUCUCUCCAGUGCAGCAGAUGCUGGCUUCUGGCACUGGAGCCCUCCUCACAUCUUUUUUUGUCACACCGCUGGACGUUGUCAAGAUCAGGCUGCAGGCUCAGCAAACACCAUUCCACCAAGCUCCGUGGGGUGGCGUCGUCCGCCCUUCCAAGUGGAAAUGUUUCCUGUAUUGUAACGGACUGAUGGAUCACAUCUAUGUGUGUCAGAAUGGAACCAGCUGCACCAGCUGGUACAAAACCCCAACACAUUUCAGUGGGACACUGGAUGCUUUCGUGAAAAUCUCUCGACAUGAAGGACUCAGGUCUUUAUGGAGCGGACUACCACCAACACUGGUUAUGGCUGUACCUGCCACCAUCAUUUACUUCACCUGCUAUGACCAGCUGCGAGACUUCCUGAGAUACAGUCUGGGUUACAAGGGCAGCCACAUCCCUCUUGUUGCUGGGGCUCUUGCCAGAUUGGGGGCAGUGACAGUGAUCAGCCCUCUGGAGCUGGUCAGGACUAAAAUGCAGUCUCGUCAGCUGUCGUACAGCGAGCUGCGGGUGUGUAUCCGCUCUGCUAUUGCCCAGGACGGCCUCCUGUCACUGUGGAGGGGCUUGGGACCCACCGUCCUAAGGGAUGUACCCUUCUCUGCUCUGUACUGGUUUAACUAUGAACUGCUGAAGACCCAAUUAUGUGAACAGUCAAGAGUGGCUCAGGCCAACUUCUCCAUAAGCUUUACAGCAGGAGCAAUCUCUGGAACGAUUGCAGCAAUUUUGACGCUGCCUUUUGACGUGGUGAAGACACGCAGACAGAUCCAGCUGGGAGAGAUGGAUACUCUGGGAGUUUGCUCAAAAAGAACACAGUCCACAUGGCGCAUCAUGAAGGAAAUAUGUGCUGAGUUGGGCUACAGGGGUCUAUUUGCAGGUUUCAUGCCAAGGGUGAUCAAAGUGGCCCCGGCCUGUGCUAUUAUGAUAAGCACAUAUGAGUUUGGAAAGGCGUCCUUCCGUAAGGCGAACCUUGAUCGAGAGUGACAAACAUCCUGAAGGCUGUCUCUGAGGCGCUGGGUGUUUCUCUGUGGCAGGAGGACAUUGUUAUCUAGACAGCUUGGACAAGGGCUCCUCACACUGGUCCAGGAUUUGAUUUGUGAACACAGAAGAGGAUUCGCCUUCAUGUCAGGGAUGUGUCUUCCUGCAACUCUAUUUCAGAAUGCAAAUACAGACUGUGAUUUAGACUUGAGACAAACUUGCAUCCUUGAACUUAAUGAGCUUGAACAACAAGCCUGGACACUGCGAGAGACUCUUAGCCAUUGACUUUAUGUGUGUUGAUUAUUUGAGUAAACUUUUCCAGGUAUCUUAAAAAGAUUAUUUUAAUUUUUUUCCUUCACUGAUCAAAUGGAAGCGACUUUAUGACACAGACAUGGAUCACAACUCCGUACUCACUUACUUGGGUAGUGAUGGACUGAAUCAGCAUCAGUUUUAUUGCAUGACUCAGUUUAAAAUGUUCUCAUUUCAACAGUUUGCAUAGUUUGAGACCAACUGCAUGUUGUUUAAAGUUGUAUUCAAAAAAGCUGGUCCAUUCUGCAUCAGCUUUACUGCAUUUCCCUGCUCUCCUAUAGCAGUAGAGCAUGACAUCUGUGUAGAUGAGUGACAAAUCUGUUUUAUGCUGGAUACACUUGACCAUUUGUAGCACUUUAAAUUUGCAAGACAAGUGCUGUGAAGUGAAAUGAAAUCAUAAAACAUGACUACAGGUUUUUAUGUUUGUUGAAUGUAUGACUCUUUUCUGUUCUCAUAACUGGAGGGAAGGUCACAACAUGCAAAACACAGGACUUGAUUAAAACAUUCAAGCCAGCCUUCUGGAAGACAAGUGUUCAUUGGUGCAUAAUGUCUAACAUUUUAUACCAUAAUUGUACUACAUGAGUUCAUGAACAUGAGUGACAUUUCCUGUAAACAAAACAAUGCAGCCUGCUUCCCAAAAGUCACAGAUUUUCUGAAAUUCUGCCAAGACUUUCUAGGUCAUGGAUAAAAGAAAACAAGACAGGCUUUCCAAACUUUCCCCGGGUGGUUUUCUGGUAAUAAAAUGGUUUGAAUAUCUUGCCUACAAUGAACAUGACAGCAAAAGUUGUUACAUUGCUGGAUCAUAAAACAAUGUUGCCUUGA